CCAAAUAAAACAAAGCAAAUAUUUGUUCUGUUCCAACUGACUUCUUAUUCAGUCUUUGACAUAUUUUCUUGCUGGUUUCUUGUCCACUCUUUCACAGAAAUCAGACAACACAAGCCAUCUAGUUCCGAGUUCCAACUGAACUGACUUCUUUCACAGUUUUGACAUAGUUUCUUGCUGGAGUUCUGCUUCAAGUGCUUAUGGCUGAUCCAGUUUCUAUUAUUGUGGGACCCAUCGUGAACCAUAUCGUUGACACUGCUGCGUCCUUGAUCGAAGGAGAAAUUCUGGCGAUCCUGAAUGUUGAGGAGGAGGUGAAAAAUCUGUCAAGCAAUCUAACCGCAAUUGCAGCUGUGCUUAAAGAUGCUGAGCAGAGACAACUGGAUGCAGCUUGUGGUGAAUCUUUGAGAGAUUGGCUUGGAAAGCUCAGAGAUGUAGCUUGUGAUGCAGAGGACAUAUUGGACACUCUUGCAACAGAAACUUUCCUCUGGAAGAGAAAGCAGCAGGUUCGCAAAAUCCGAGCUCCUAUCAACCUUAUAAAUAAAUCCAGUGCUGCACAUAAGAUCAAAGAAAUUUCAGCAAGACUUGAUGUGAUUGCUAAAGAGAAAAACGAUUUCCAUCUCAAAGAAAGUAGUGAUGGUGGAAAGCCCCCAAACCUUCCACACACCACUUUCUUUGUAGACAGUACAGAUGUCGUUGGUAGAGAAUCUGAUAGGGAUAAAUUAAUAAAUCGGAUGCUAUCAAAUGAAUCUGAUACUACAGGUGAUGUUUCUGUCAUUCCUAUCAUUGGGAUGGGAGGCUUAGGUAAAACAACUCUUGCUCAACUCAUCUUUACAGAUGAAAGAGUAAAGAAUCAUUUUGAGUUUAGGAUGUGGGUUCAUGUCACAAUUGACUUCAAUUUCGGAAGAAUACUUAAGGAAAUGAUAGAAUUCCACACUGAAAUGAAGUAUUCUAGUGACGUACCCACCAGGACCCUAGAGUCACGGUUUCUAGAAUUCUUAGGUGGGAAACGUUUUCUGCUUGUUUUAGAUGAUGUUUGGACUGACGAUUACCAAGAGUGGGAGCCACUUCAAAAGCUCUUGAAACAAGGAGGUAAGGGCAGUACAGUUUUGGUCACUACUCGAACCACCAGGGUGUCAGACAUUAUGGGAACACAACCUCCUUAUAGUUUGGAAUGUUUGCCCGAUGAUGAAUGUUGGUCAUUGUUUAAAAAAAUUGCUUUCAAAGACUGUAACUCAUUGGUUGAUACACACAGAAAAGAAUUGGAAGUCUUUGGUAGGCAAAUUGUGGAAAAGUGUAACGGCUUGCCUUUGGCAGUGAAGGCAAUGGGAGGUGUCCUGCGUGGUAAUAUUGAUGUAAACAAAUGGAAGCAAAUCUUAAGAGAUAGCAUAUGGGAGCUAGAGAAGGAUCAGAACCCCACUAGGCCUAAAAUUCUGCCUGCCUUAAAAUUGAGUUAUGACCACCUACCUUCUUAUUUAAAACAGUGUUACGCAUAUUGCUCUAUGUUCCCAAAGGCCUAUGUUUUUGACAGGCAGGAGUUGGUCAAGCAUUGGAUGGCUGAAGCAUUUAUUCAAUCCAGUGGCCAAAAUAGUGUCGACGAGACUGGGAUCGAAUAUUUUAAUGAGUUGCUAAUGAGGUCUUUCUUCCAAAUUUUAAACAUUGAUGGCAAGGAGAGAUACAGAAUGCAUGACCUUAUCCAUGACUUGGCUGUAUCAGUAUCAAGCCCCCACUGCUGCCAAGUCAAGGAUAACAAUUCACGUAUUCUCUCUGAAAAAACUCGUCAUGUCUCAUUGCUUGGUCAAGAUGUAGAGGAGCCCGCUUUGCAGAUUAUCAAAACGUCUUCGAAGCUGCGCACACUCCUACUUCCUGGUGAGUCCUUGAAAAACUUGGGGCAGGCGCUUGACAAAAUGUUUCAUUCUCUUAAAUACAUUCGUGUUUUGAAUCUAAGUUCAAGCUCGCUCUCAGAAUUGCCAAGCUCUAUAGAAAAUAUGAAGCUAUUACGAUACCUUGAUCUCUCUAGGACAGAGAUCAAAGUGCUUCCCAACUCAAUAUGUAACCUCUGCAAUCUGCAGACACUUAAGCUCCUAGGGUGCCUUUGGCUGUUUGAAUUGCCCAAGGACCUUGGAAACUUGGUUAACCUGCGUCAUCUUGAGCUAGAUGAGAUGUUUUGGUUCAAGUGUGAGAUGCUGCCACCAAGAAUGGGAAACUUAACCAGUUUGCAAAAUUUGCAUGCAUUCCCAGUCAGUGGCACAAGUGGACAUGGCAUUGAAGAGCUGAAGAACAUGGCCAAUCUUACAAAAACACUGCAUAUUUUGAAGCUGGAAAAUGCAGUGAAUGCAGCUGAGGCAAAGCUAAAAGAGAAGGAGAGCCUUCAGAAGCUGGUAUUAGAGUGGAGUGGCCAAGACGUCAACCAACAAGAUGAAGUCAGAGCAGAGAGGGACCUUAAAGACCUGCAACCUCACUCAAAUCUCAAAGAGUUGGCACUUCAUCACUUUAAGGGCUCUAAUUUUCCUUCGUGGAUGACAGACGGUGUGCUUCAAAAUUUAGUAAGACUUACCUUAAGUCAUUGCACUAAAUGCACAACACUCUCUGUUGGCCAGUUACCUUGCCUUAGAGCGCUCUACAUCAAAGGGAUGCAGGAAUUGGAAGAAUGGCCAGAAGUUCAGUGUCUUUCAUUGGGUAGACUAGAGAUCAAAAACUGCCCCAAGCUGAGGAAGGUACCGGAUUUGAUGCCAAAUUUAACAGUUCUGAAGAUAAAGAAGUGUGAUUCAUUGAAGGCUCUUCCGAUGGCUCCUCUGAUGUUUUUAAUACUUAUUGACAAUCUUGUUCUGGAGGAUUGGAAAGAAGGAAUGUUCACUGCCCAAGAUGGUCAAGGCAACCAAGUAGGCCAACUCAAGCCUACUUUGAUUAAUCUUUUGGAAUUGAAAAUGGCAAACUGCCCCAGCAUACAAGCGCUGCCUAAAAUAUUUGCUCCUCAGAAACUGGAGAUAAGUGGGUGUGGUCUCAUAACUGCCCUUCCUGUCCCACAGUUCGCCCAACGUCUGCAGCAUUUAGCUCUGGACUCGUGCUCUAAUGGAACACUAGUGAGGGCAAUACCGGGAACCAACACUCUCUACUCGUUGGUCAUUUCAAACAUCUCAAACCUAACCUCUUUCCCAAAAUUGCCCCACCUUCCGGGACUUAAGACUUUGUAUAUCAGUGAUUGCGAAGACCUCACUUCUUUGUCUGAAGAAGAAGAGUCAUUGAAAAGCUUGUCCUCUCUCAAGUUGCUCUCUAUCCGGGGCUGUUCAAAGCUAGAAUCGUUGCCAGAUGAAGGUUUACCAACAGGACUUGAGUGUCUGAUGAUUGCCUCAUGCCCCAUUCUAAAAUCUCUAGGUACCAAAGGCACCUUAAAAAGCCUCAUCUCACUCAAGGACUUAUAUUUAGACAAUUGUCCCUUGAUUCGGUCCUUUCCCGAGGAUGGGCUGCCUACUUCUCUCCUCCAUUUGGUGAUUCAUGAAUGUCCCCUGCUGAUAGAAAAAUGCCAAAAGGAAGAUGCAGGAAGCACACAAUGGCCAAAGAUCAUGCACGUUACAGACCAGGAAAUUGAUUCCAUCAGGCUACCUUCAGCCCCAGAUUUGCCAAAGAAGAAUAAAUGGACUGCUUUAUUUGGUUGCAGUUAAGGACCCUAAAGUUGAAUGGUUCAUUCAAGGAAUGCUUUUCCAUGAUGGUGAAUGAUUAAAGCUGCAGCAAGGGAUGAGAAGAACAGCUUGAUAGCUUAAAAUUAUGAUUGUUAUUAAUAUGUGUGUUUGUAACAAUAAAAGCCAGUGAAACUGGGAGACAAUGGUUUGAACCAUUGCAUAUUUGUUUCAAACUCUGUUGUUUCAUAUUCCAUUGUGUUUUCUCUGUAUUGAUUGUAACUGAGAGCAAUAACUUUAUUUGCUGAUUUCUUAUUCAGGUGUAAUACAUGAUGAAUUGAUAAUUA